GUGAAGAAUCCAGAUGGCGCUAACGGUGUAUUCACAACCGGCAAAACUAUCGUUUUACUUGUGUUGCUGACAUUCCCUCAUUAUUUAACCACAAUACAAUAGUCUCUCGCAAGACGAAAUUGUUAAUUUUCAGUUACAAUUAAUUUGCCAAAGAUUCAACCCACAGUGCCGGUAACCAAGGGUGAUUACCAGACAUCCGUUAAAAAUGCGUUGCGUUUCAAUAUCUCACGAACUAAAAGUUUCGCAAUGGCCCGAUGAAAAGGAGCUAUAUUAUUAUAAACCUCGCAAUUCGGAUAACAUGCCUCUCAAUACGGUGUCUUGGGGUAAAAAUGGAGCAUGGCUUUUGCUUUGUCAGAGCUAUGGUUUCGCGGAGAUAGUUUCGCUUGCAGAUGAGGCAAAACUUUUGAAUUCAAUCCAGAACGUGAAGAAUGUUACUUGUGCCGCCUUCCAGAAUACCGUUAAUCGGCGUGUUGCACUAGGCACAUCUUCAGGGCAGCUUGUGAUUUAUGAUUUGAAAGCCAAAUGUAUCAAGCAACAAUGCCCAAAUCAACAAACGCCAUAUUUUAAAGUUCAAUUCUCGAUCAAAGAUUCACAUGUGAUUGGGGCAAACAAAGAAAAGGUUUAUGUUUACAAGACCAACAGUGGUAAUCAGAUUGCUGCCCUAUCUGUGCCUAACUCUCAAACAGUGACAAACUUCCGAUGCCAUCCACUUAAGUCAAAUAUAUUAGGCUUAUGCAGUGAAAAGGGCGUGGUUGCCGUGUGGGACUACAAUGUGGAUAAACCUUCUGCUUGCUAUGAAGCGCACAAAUCUAUAGUAUCUGAUGUUUUGAUAAAAAACGAAACAGUCUUAUCAAUUGGAGCUGAUAGGCGCCUUUCGAUUUUUGACUAUCGGGGGAAAAAAAUUAAUCAUGAAAAAACAUUCACACAAUCACCAACGGCUUUUGAUUUGCACACUGAUGGAUUAAGUCUCGCAGUGGGGUUCACUGAUGGACAGGUCUUGGGUUUUGAUUUACGCUCGCUGAAACAAACAACUCAGGUCCUGGCAAAACACACAAGCCGUAUUAAUCAAGUUUCCUUUGAUAACUUCUCACAGAAAGUAUCUACUUCUAACAUAUCUGUAGAAACCACCACAGAAUCCCUUCAAAACCAAUCGGAACAAGUCGAUUCCUUCAGCGGCAUCUACUGCAAUGUUCCAGUGCCAACCAGUGAUUCGAUUAAUGCAAACUGCACAAAGCCUCGUCAAAGCCUUCCGAAUGCUAAAAACAUAAGCGAUUCUUUUAUAAAUGCCAUGUCUUUGAACUCACCCAGUAGAAAAAUGGAAGAUUCUAUCUCAAAUAUGACUACAACAAAAUCUAACAGACGUGUUCAGGAUUCAAAAACAAAUUUAUUGUCGCCUAAGGUAGAAGAAAAGGACGAAAAAGAACAGAAGUCUGACGUAGAGCAAGUAGCUACUGAUGCCGAGAUCAACGUAGAAAAACCCAGCCCGAAUGCAUAUUUACCAACGAUAGCGCCCACGCAUCACAGACAAUCUACCGAGUUCUGGAAGGCACAGUCUACACCAAUUAAUUCUAACAGUGCGAAUAUAAUGCAAUCACCUAUUUAUCCACUUAAUGGAGGAUCUGCAAAUUUACCAGCCACAAUGAACAAUGCAGAAAUUCGUAUGAUAAUGAAAGAAGUUGUAAGAGAAGAAAUAGGAGAGUUGCGUGAAGAGAUAAAGAAUCAAACGUUUGAGAUUAUGUGCAGCAUUAGACAACACACUUUAGGACUCCAAUGGACACUGAACAAGAUGGCGGUGGAUCUAGAGACUAGCAUCGAACAAUUACGUCGUGAGAUCCUUCAAUUGAGGGAGCAGUUCUAAACUGCAAACAUUAGCUUUAUGUACUGCCAUAAUCGUUAUUUUUGUACGUGUAAUCUAUUUUUCUAACGUAAUAAACAUUUGAUAAUA